GGAACGACUCCUCAUCUACUGACUGAGCAGACUUUCACCUUCUUCGACAAAAAAAAAAAAAAAAGAGAUGGAAUCCGUGAGGAAGUGCAACGCCAGCGGCGCCUGGAGCCCCAAGAUGCCCAAGGGGCUGGACUUUGAGAUUUCCCAUCACCCGCUGUCCAUGAAGCAGGUGGCCAACCUCAUCGUCGCCAUGGAGAGGUUCAAGGGCUGCAGCUCGCAGACGCUGAUGGGCUCCGAAUUCCGAGACGAGGACAUGCUCAACAUCAUGCUGGAUUGCUUAGUGGAAGAGGAGAUCGUGACGCUGCUCGAGUCACCUCCACAAGUCCAGAUCAGCUGGACGGGCGAGCAGCAGUGCACCAUCACCGACCAGGAGAAGAGGAGCUUGAUUCGGGUCCCUGACAGCAUGCAGCUCCACGCCGUGAUGCUGCAGGGAGGCUCCGAGGCCAAAAAAGUGCUCUUGACCAUGUCGACGUACCUGCACCCCGCGCCGAGCGUGCCGGGCCGAACGGUGGCUCUGGGCAUCCGGGGCACCAACCUCUACCUGUGCUGCCGCAAGGACGGCGCCGAGCCCAUUCUGCACCUGGAGGCGGUUGCGGACAAAAGCGUGCUGAGCGGGGCGGGCGCGAGCAUCGCGGCGGACAGCGACCUGGUGCGGUUCCUCUUCUACCGACAGGACACCGGGGUGAACAACACCACCCUCAUGUCCGUGGCCUACCCGAACUGGUACAUCAGCACGGACGAGCGGCAGGACAACAGGCCGCUGGCGAUGUGCCUGCAGACGUCCUCGCGCUCCCAAGUCUUCAGCAUCCGGGGGGAGGAGCGGUCCAGCGCCGCCCCCACGGUGGAUGAAGUUUGACCCUUUGGAGAAGACGUAUCACACAGAUCCCAUUUACUGUAUGUACCGAGUACACAGAGUGAAACGCUUCGAGCGUUGGUUUGAGUUAAAGUUUCACCAGGGGAUGGCAUCAUUGUGCUUGUCUGGUGAACACCAAGUGUAUUUAUUGUGCUCAAUGCACUGUUAUGCUUUUAUCUAUUUAUCUAUUUAUGCACCGUUUUAAUAUGUAUUUAUUUUUAACUCUGCAAUUGUUUAAAUGAUGUGCACUGAAAUAUUUAAUAAA